CUGAAAUGGAAAGAUUUUUGUCGUUCUACUAAUUUAUCUCCGCAUUUUAAUUUUUACAUAUUUACUUUGCAAUAAGCAUAGCAACAUAUCAGUAUUUUAUGUAAAUUUUGUAAUAAAAACAUAAUUAAAGUUAUUUAACUUACCAAAAUGCUGUAUCUCGAGGAUUAUUUGGAAAUGAUUGAACAUCUUCCUCAAGAGCUCAGAGACAGAUUUACUGAAAUGCGUGAAAUGGAUCUGUCUGUGCAAAAUAACAUGGACACUUUAGAACGAAGAGUUAGAACAUUAUUUGGAAGCUGUCGACGUGGCGAUGUAAACACAGACCAAGCAGACACUGAAUUUUCAGACAUAAGAAAGGGAUACAAUAAAACAUUGGAAGAAGCUGACGAGAAAGUUGUGUUAGCUAACCAGAUGUAUGACCUAGUUGAUAGGUAUAUAAGAAGAUUGGAUACUGAGCUGCACAAAUUUAAAUGUGAAUUGGAGGCUGAUAACAAAGGUAUAACAGAACUGCUGGAAAAGAGGUCAUUAGAUCUUGAUACUAACACGAACCAUAACACAUCAUCUGGCAACAGUCACUAUAAGGAGAACAGAUAUCGAAUUAAAGCUGAAAAACGUCGUGAAAGCUGGAACAAUAGAGAUUCCCGGAGCCAUGCAUCUAAUGGAAAUAUGUCGAGGACUGAUUCUGCUAUACAGGCGGCCCUGGGUCGUGACUCGUACGGUCUGGGUCACGCUGGAAGCACAAUAGCGGCCGCCGCGAGCCAGGCUAUCGCCGCCACACAGCAGAUGCAGCAUGGUCGUCGCACGGCGUCUCUGAAGGCGUCGUACGAGGCGGUGACGGGCGAACUGCCGCACCACGCCUUGCACCAGGCCCACCAGUCGCACCACUCGCAUCACCCGCACCACUCGCACCACGACCACGGGCACAGUGUGGUAGCUGGUCACGGUCAAACCGUCACCGUCCACGGUCACCAUACUACUUCCCACGGUCACUCAGGGUCGUCAUCUUCCAACAGGAGACAUAAUAAACAAAAGAAGAGUAGCUACAGUUCGUCAGCGGCGGGGAUCACGGUACACGCGCAGCAGGCCGGGAGUGCUGCCGCCAGUCGCUCUUCCUCGCCCACCGUCGUCGGGACUCAGGCAGGAGGCAGCAAGCCGGGCCGUGUGGAGGAGGUGCUCGAGGAGGAGUGGACGUACGACCCCAACGAGCCGCGCUACUGCAUCUGUAACCAGGUGUCGUACGGAGACAUGGUGGCCUGCGACAACCACGACUGUCCGUACGAGUGGUUCCACUAUCCUUGCGUGGGUAUCACCGCACCGCCCAAGGGCAAAUGGUACUGCCCCCAGUGCAUCACCAACAUGCGACGGAACCGCGCCCAUCGCAAGAAUUAGCUGUUCCACCACACCUGCGCUGAUAGCUCUCAUUUGCAUCAAAUUUAGUCUUGAUUUGUGCAAGAGCUCAAUGUAGUCAAGCCUGCUCAAAAGCGUUGACGUCAUAAUAAUACUACCGUAAAAGACAAACCCUGUAUGAAUGUGAGGUAACUAUCCUUAUAUAAAAAUCUAGGUGCGGAAAAGAGACGGAAUAGAUGAAGACCAUGAAACCGUUUUGAAACGAUUUAGUGUCCAUUAGUCUCCUGUCAAAUUGGACCUCGUUUUAAUUUUAGUGUUUUCUAUCGUUAUUGUUCUGUGUUUUAACGGAUAUUAAUAAUUAAUAACAUAGAGAUUAACCAAUAGUUAUUUAUGCUACUGUUGUGUAAUACGGGGUAUUAAAACACGAAUGUGGGUUUAUCACACGAGUGUUUUAAUAUCUAAUUAUCAACAGUCGCAUACAAGACUUUUUAUAAUACCAUAAUAUGAAUCCCCUGUAAUGGUUAUUAGAACAUUGGGUGUUUUAAUAUUGGCAAUAAGCUUACUAUUUUAGAAUCUUUAAUAGAGGCUUUAAAGCAUGUGUGUAGAUGAAAGUAUAAUACUACACACUACUAACUCACUAACACAUCUGUAAAACUAGCACACAUGAACAUUUUAAAUUUAGUCUCGCCGUAAUGAGGAGAGUGUUUGUCUAUUACGCUUAUAUAGCUUGUGGUUGACGUGAUAUUUGUGUGUGAAAGAAGCUGAAGACAGCUCUCUAUAAAAGUUGCGUAUUUUAAAAGCGCUGUCAUUAGAAUAUACAUUCAAUUGUCAAAUUGUAUCCUUUGAAUGCUUUUCUAAUGGAUAUUGAAAGAAAUAUUCAGCCUAGCGAAACUCUAAGACAGAAGCGAUUCACUCGAUUGUAUGAAACAUGCAGUCAUUGAUAGAUUGACAGGUGGUGGCAAUGAUAUUAUAGUAUUAAAAGAGGUAGAUAUGUCACUAGCGCGCCGAAAAUCAAUCGCCUAAAUUGAGUCAAUUGGUUCCUUUGGUCGUAGUCGCUCUCUCGAUACGAAAACGGUACGCACGCGUUUGUUGUUGACAGAAUUGCUUACAAUUUGAUAUAGGUACACCAUUAAAAUGCCGUCUUGUAUUAUAGGAAUAUGCAGUAAUUACAAGAGUAAAAAGAAAUCAUAGAUUUACAUACCACAGUUAAUAAAUCAUGAAUUAUAACAUUUUAUUUGAUUUCAUUUAUUCAUUUACUAUCCUUUAUUUGAUGUGUAAUCGUAAUGUAGUGUGCUAUUGCAAUGUAAAAUUAUUCAUGUGUGCGUUAGUGUAUCAUUUAUAAACACCGAAUGUUGUCUACGUAACCUAUCUAUAUUUUUAUAUAUCGUUGGGUGGCGGUCAUAAUCUUGUAGAAACAGAGAUAGCCGAGAUCCGCUACGUUGAAGCAACUGUUCGCUUACAAAUUUAAUCGGAUUAUUCUUCGUCGCCAAAUUUGUGGAAGGCUACAUUGCACAGGAUGGCGGCUAGUUUAUGGGUACCACAACGGCGCCUAUUUCUACCGUGAAGCAGUAAUGUGUAGUAGGUGAAAUUACUGGGCAAAUGAGACUUAUCAUCUUAUCUCUCAAGGUGACGAGCGCAAUUAUUGUAGUGCAGCUCAGAAUUUUUGGGUUUUCAAGAAUUCCGAACGCUCUGCUCGUCUCGUCCCUUAUUUUCAUGUAAAAAAAAUCGCCAUACUGUAAUUACUACUAUUUCAAACUUAUGUCAAAUGACUGCACGUUUCAUAUUUAACUAAAUUUCAAUUUUUACUUAGGCCUUCCCGCCUCUUAUGAGUAUUUACAUCCUCUUUGAAAAUAUUGUGCAAAUGAGGCUUUACAUGGCGUAGACAAAUAACAAAAAUAUCGUGUAAACACAGGAACACUUCAGUUUGUUUUGGUUUUGCAAGAAUCUGAUGUAAGUGAUCUUUAUUUGUAUAAAAUAAGAGGUAAGUAUAUUAUAUUCAAGUCGAUACCUCAGUUCUAAAGAGAAACAAUUUAGAAAAUGCUUCCAAAAGAAAAAUAAACACGUGGUAGAAGUGGAACCUUCAAAAAUUUUGGCUGCAAGAUAAUUAGACGCAUGUAAAAUUUCGGGAAGAGGAUAAUUGUCAUGAUGACACAUGAUUACUAUCACCGCUACCUUGUUUAUGUUCUCCUGGUGUCUAUGUAGUAAUACGUCGAGCGCAUGACGUCAGAAUAUAUUAAGGUAUAUCCUUCAACUAUGAUCGCCUGGUACCAAAACACAGUAUAAUGCUUUCUAUCUCAUUCUCUCGCCCGCUGAAUCCUAUACAUUUACCUUUUUGUGUCUCUAUCAUCUCGCUUUGUUGUUUCAUCGAGUUUUCAAGUCACAACGAUUCUAAAGAAGUUUCUCGUCAAAAACUCGAGUUGUAACUGUAUGAAACGAAAAUAUUCUAGACUUAUGAAGAAAUGUUGGAAGUCAAGUGGGUUAUCGUUUAUGGAACAAUUUCUCACACUUAUCUCAAACUUACUGAAUUUCAGACUUUGGAACUGAGGUAUCGAAGUAAUGUGUAAGUUUCCUACUAUAAGGUACCUACCUACGUAAGUCACGUAUCGACUGCGCGUUUGAGACGGCCUCGAAAGUCGGUAAACGGUUUCGAAAACAAUUUUAAUACCCAGGAGGUCUACUCGCAAAAUCGACAACGAUACAUUCGGUACGAUACGAUAAUACUCCGAAUAUAUCGCAACUACCCUACUCUAACAAAUGUCCGAAUUCCUCAUCGUUUAUCGUUACCAUAGACUAAUAUUUUGAUUUUUUUACGAUGUUAGUGUGAAUGAAAUAUGUUCAAACCUAAACAUUAUCUGUGCUACGUCGCUGUUAAGUGUCAAAAGUCAAAACAUAGUUUACGCGCUAAGGACCAUACCAAACUGCACCACCAAUUUGGUAUCAUUAACACAAAAUGUACCUAAAUGUUAAAAAAAUAUGUAAAGAAUAUAAUAUGACCAUUUAAAAUUGAAUUAAUAAUACAAAAUUCGCGGAUAAUAAAAUAUAAAAAAAGUAACUCAACCCUUCUCGCCGACUUCCUAUUUCUCUGGCGGCCAUUUGCAUUAUUUCUACGCAUAAACGAUCAACAAAAUCACUUAAUGACUUAGCAGUAAAAAAUCCUGUUGAAUAGUAAAUCACAUAUAAUUAUUUCAAUAAUAUUUAUUAAGUAUGUAUAUUGUAUGGCAAAUAUAUCUAUACAACUUGAAACGAUAUUAGCAUCGACAGCCUAGAAGGUGUCGUUGAGUAUAUCGUAAAAGUGACGUUUGAUUAUUUGUCGAAUUCGAAUAUUCGUCUGACAUUUUCAACUAAGAGUAGGGUUAGGACCGAUAAUAUCGAAUAAUGUUUCGUUCGUUCAAUCAUCGUUUCGACCUUGAAUACGAUGCAACUAAGAGUAGGAUUCGACACGACUAAGCCACGAUUUAUCGAAUAUCGAUUUAAGGAGUAUUUAAUGAUUAUGUAACACCCUAAGAGUUAUUUUUAUUUCCUCACGUAGCAGUGAAAGUUAUUAAUUUUUAUGUAAAAAUUGCUACUCCUAAAAACUUGUUUUCGCAUGAAAAUUUAUUCCUACCUAAGUUUAUUUUUAUGGCAAUAAAUGAGUGCGGGAAGAUGAUCCGAUAAAUCCAUAAUAAUAUUAAGCGUCAUAUAAAGGCAGGACCCCACUAGAGCGGCGCCGCACUGCGCGUCGCUUCACGUCGCUAGACGGUACCUAUCGCAUUACAACUGCAGUAAGCGGCAGCUCUAUACCAGUUUGCCUGCGAGCAACAUUACAAGAUGAGUGAUAGUAACGAGGAUUUGGUCAUUAUUUCUUUAUUGUGUGAAGUUAUGGUAGAGAAUAAAAAUAAGAAUAAAUGGAUUGCUGAAUACCAAGGUCACGCUAUCAAUGAGGCGAAUAUCACUAUUUAUUUCCUUCCGCCUUCUUAAUGACUCUGCACAAUUUCAGACUUUCAGAAUGUUGAAGACAAAAUUCUAUAUCCUUUACACUUAACAUACUGAAGUGACGCGCCGCUUGCUGUGUCGCGCUGCGCGUCACAGUAUUCUCUCGGAGGCAACUACGCCGCGACGCGCAGUACAGCACGCUCCAUACAAAACGAUUGGAAAAAUACUUUGACGCAGCGUCGCGAUAAUGCGUUCCGGCCUUAACAGUGUCGUAACAGACUACAAAACGACCUAAGAUAUAAUAUAUUAUGGUAUGGCCCCGAUAACAUCACACUACGCCCGUUACCCUUCUACACAGACAGAAACUGUAUUAACGAAAAACGAGAGCAUCGGGUAGUUUCGGAAAAAAAAUAGUUUUGUACCGUGGUGUUGUGGUUAUACCGUUUUUAAACCAUCGCUAUAUCAGGCGUCCCUAGAUGGUACUGUUUUUAUAUUUAAGAUAAGUAUUCAGGGUGGUUAAAACAUCUUUCCAUAUUUUUGCGACUUUUGGCUCUGAAUUUCUCACUCAUUUUGAGUAAAAUCUGCAAUUAGCAGCAAAAUAUGCUAUGACAAUUUUAACUAUUUAUAAAACAAAGUAGCCGUUCCCGCCCGCUUCGCUGGGCGAAUUUUAAAAGGAAAUAAAUUAAUGAAGGAACGUUGGAUUUCGAAAAAUAAGUAGCCAUAAACCAUCUAGGAUAAAUUUCGCAUUGGAUGGUGGUAAUUUCAUGUCCAUACGAUCAGUGGUUUAGGCGUGAUUGAGCCUCUAACAAAGACCAUUUUCAUUAUAUAUAAAUAUUCAAACUGGAUUCAAGCCUAAAUAAUUCAGCAAAACUUCAUACUCUAACACUUGCAAAGUUUUCUGAGCUAUACUGAAUACCUGUAAUUUACUCGAUGACGUUCUAAACAUAUAGACAAUGCACCUCAUACAAAAUCAAAGCCGAAAUAUGGCACAUGCCACAAAUGACAUCAUAAUAACCUUCGACUGCUAUGUCUAUACAUUUCUGAUUGUGUUCUUUCAUCUUGCAAAUUCUGACAAGGGGGACUUGUCAAUAAUAUUGUACCAUAUUUUAUGAAAAAAUAUUCGUGUUAUUAAAUUACUUCCGCUUUUUGCAUAUCAAUCUUAUGUAAUAAAAUAACCUUACCGAUGAUAAGUCACACAAUCUUUUUUUUAAUCGUUAAUGUAUUAUUUAAGCACUUUUUAUUGCACACUUAGGCUUGUUGACACACGACUAAGGAGAAAAGUGUGCUUACAUUGGUUUUAAGCACACUUUUGCUGUUCCGUUAUCAGACUGCGAAUGAAAUGUCCAUAUGUAUAGAACGUCAUUGAAUAUACUAGAUAAAAUAUUUAAGUAAGUAAUAAUAAUUUUCCUCAAUUUUUCUGGAUAAUGUUAUGUGAAAUGUGUGACACAUAAACUUUGUCAUGUUGUACACAUUAACUUUUUACUCAAUUAUUGUAGACAUUAAUGCCAAUAGUUUCUAUAUAAAACAAUAAAGAGGUUUUCUUUUAA